AUGGCAUUCAUGUACCCGUUCCAUGCACCAUCUCUUCCUGCCAAAUGGGAUGAUCCAAUAUGGUUGCAUGAAGUAUGCCCAGCCAUGGAGCACGCUCUGGUAGCGACUCUGGAACAGAAAAAGAUUAAUCAGCGUGCCAGAGAUGAGAUGAGGUACAUCAACGAUGCGUCAUGUGGUCUUCGAGCAGACGACAUGGAUGAAGAGGAGGAAGAUAGUGGCGAUGAUCACUAA